CAUUGCGUGCGGGCGAACGCGGGAUGUGGGCCCUGCGGGCCGCCGUCCGCCCCGGGCCCUGGCUCUCUCGCGUGGUUCGCGGCCGCGGGGCUCCGAGAGCUGCGCCGUCGCUGCCGGCGUGUCCCGAUCGCGCGCUCGCCGCCUUUGGCUCCGGGGGCCUCAAGGGGCGAGGAGGUGGAGGACGGGGCCCACGGGCUGAUGGCACGAGAAGCCGAGCGGGAGAGGAGGAGGAGGAGCCAGAAGAUGCGGAGGAGGAAGAAGAGGAGGAGGAGCUACUGAGGAGGGACCCUUUGCUGCCGGUUGGGACGCAGCGCGUGUGCCUGAUUCACCCUGAGGUCAAGCAGGGACCGGGGAAGCCGCAGCUGACCCGAGCUGAGUGGCAGGUGGCGGAGGGGGAAGCACUGGUCCACACACUGGACGGCUGGUCAGUGGCGGAGACGAUGGUGGUGCCCAGCAAUGCACCAGAUGGGAAGCUCAUCUUCGGGAAAGGGACCUUGGAGCAUCUGACAGAGAAAAUCAGAGGGUUACCAGAAAUCACGGCGGUCUUUCUGAACGUGGAGAGGCUGGCCACGCCCACCAAGAAGGAGCUGGAAGCCGCCUGGGGCGUGCAGGUGUUCGACCGAUUCACGGUUGUCCUUCACAUCUUCCGCUGCAAUGCCCGGACCAAGGAGGCGCGGCUGCAGGUGGCGCUGGCGGAGCUCCCGCUUCUCAGGUCCCACCUGAAAAGCAGCAUGGCCCGCCCAGAUGGACGAGGAGGGGGCUCACGCUACAUCAUGGGGUCAGGGGAAUCUUUCAUGCAGGUGCAACAGCGCCUCUUCAAGGAAAAGGAGAUGAAGAUUCGGAAGGCCCUGGAGAGACUGAAGAAGAAAAGGCGUCUCCUGGGGAGACAGCGGAGGCGGCAGGAGUUUCCCGUGAUCUCUGUGGUGGGAUACACAAACUGCGGAAAAACCACGUUGAUUAAGGCCCUGACAGGCGAUGACGGUGUGCAGCCUCGGGAUCAGCUGUUUGCCACACUGGACGUCACAGCCCAUGCUGGGUGGCUGCCCUCCUGCAUGGCUGUCAUUUACAUGGACACCAUCGGCUUCCUCUCCCAGCUGCCCCACAGCCUGAUUGAGUCCUUCUCCGCCACCCUGGAAGACAUGGCUCAUUCAGAUCUGAUCGUCCACGUGAGAGAUGUGAGCCACCCCGAGACGGAGCUACAGAAAGCCAGCGUUCUGUCUGCCCUGCACGGCCUGUGCCUGCCCGCCCCGCUCCUGGAUUCCAUGCUGGAAGUUCAUAACAAGGUGGAUCUAGUGCCCGGGUAUAGCCCCCCAGGACCACAGGCCGUCGCCGUGUCUGCCCUCCUGGGACACGGGCUCCUGGAGCUGAAAGCCCGGCUGGAAGAUGCUGUUCUGAGAGCCACGGGGAGACAGGUCCUCACGCUCCGGGUCCGGCUGGCGGGUGCGCAGCUCAGGCGACCACGCACCCCGCCCGCCCCUGUGAAGAGCUGGACGACACCGCCGCCUCUUCCACGGGCUGGCCGUCCAUACGCGGCCACGACAUUGUCACCCGCCAGGCAGAUUCCUCUGAGAGUGCACGCCUCAAACAGAAAAGUCUCAGGAACUCGUCUUUAUAAUUUACUACACUGGGUCGGGGUUGGGGGGCACCCGGCUGGCCCAGUCGGCGAAGCGUGCGGCUCUCGAUCUCACGGUUGUAGGUUCGAGUCUCACGGUGGCUGUAGAGUUUACGUAAAAGUAAAAUCUUCAAAAAAAAUUAAAUGAAGUGUGGAAUCUUUCCUUCAUGUCCACACUGAGGAACUUAGAAUACCACAGAACUCAAAAGUUUCAUCUGGGGGCUCAAUCGGUGAAGCGUCUGCCUUCGGUCAGGUUGUGAUCUCAGGGUCCUGGGAUCGAGUCCCGCAUCGGGCUCCUUGCUCAGUGGGGAGUCUUCUCCUUCUGCCUGUGCCCCCAAUUUGUGCUCGCACUCUCUCAAAUAAAUAAAAUAUAAAAAAAGUUUCAUCCAGUCUUUUAAUUUCCAAAGCAACAGCAAACCAACAGUCGUGGCCCGGCACGCUUUUUGAACAAAGCUGUCCAUGACCAGAGGAAUGCGUUUGGUGAACCUCCCAGUUGUAAACACUCUGCCAUAUGUUGCCCAGAUUUCCUGGUCGCUUGAAUGAGGGAAACAAAAACCCACGAACACGUCGGCCUUUGUCGACCGCCCUCUGGGAUUAAACGAUCACGUGGGCCGUUCCUGACACAAAGGCAAGGUACUCGCGGAACAGCCUUAGACGCGGCGGUCCUUGUGUCAGAGGCGGUCCUUGUGUCAGACGUACGACUGACCGUGCCGCGGCCCGUCCGUGUGAUCUCCGGCGCGCUGUGCUCUGCCGAGCUGAGACAGCACCGCGUGGAGUCUCUGGCGGCCUGCGGGGUGCUCCCACGGUCUCUUCCUGCGUGGCGGGCACGCCCCUGGAUUCAUGGCACCCCCAGACCAAAAGUAGAAGCAGAUCUGGAAAAGGCCUGAUUUGACCCCAAAGACGACACAUUCCAACACGGAUUAUAGCGUCAUUUUCAAGACUAUUUCCUAAGAAGACCUAACGUCUAGGGCUCUUCCAUCGUAGGAGGAAUAUUCCAGAACACAAGAUACACAGGCAUUCCUGGAUACCCUGUUAAUGGGGAAGAGUAAUAAGAAAGUACGACUGGGAUUCAUCAUUUCGCUGAGAAUUUGAACCCGCCACCUCCAUAAACCUCAUGGGCAAAAGGAGGGACUUCGUGACCUUUGGGGUCAGGAAGCUGGAGCCCUGGGUCCCAGGAACAGAGCCAAGGCCUCCAGCACCAUGCGUGGCCUCCUCUGGAGUUUUCUAUCGGACCCCCGGGGUUUUAACUCAUGGAGGUGACUGAAGCCAGCCACCGAAAGAAAAAAUUACUCCCGUUUCCCAAGAGAAGGGCGAAGGCCCCCUGGGGCACAGGGAAAACCCAUUUUGGGGCGUCAGGCAGAAAUUCACAUGAGGCCACAGAGUUUCCACGGGAAAGGCAAGGCGGGACAAAGCACACGGGACAGGGUUGUCCAGCGUGAAUAACGGCGGCAGGCUCUGGGCGACAGGCCCCCGCCUCGGGACACUGGGCCAGCGGGAAAUCAGGCACACCUCGCCUCACUGUGCUUCCCAGAUACUGUGUGUCUUACAAGUGGAAGUUUGGCCAAGGCUGCCAGCGCCAUCUUUCCAACAGUAUCCACUCAUUUCAUGUCUCUGUGCCCCAUUUUAGUAAUUCUGGCAAUGUUUCCAGUACUUCCAUGGUGAGUAUAUCAGUUGUGCCGAUCUGUGGCCAGUGGUUAUGACUCCCUGACAGCUCAGACAACAGUUAGCAUUUUUAAGCAAUGA